AUGUUUGAAAUUGACGAACAAACUAUCCCGUUCAUACGAACCCGCCAGGCUCUACUCCUCCUAGAUCUGCAGAAUGACUUCAUAGGAGAGGGAAGCUUAUUGCCGGUCGAGAAACCCUCAAGCUACAUCGACAAUAUAAAGAAUCUAAUCGAGCCCUUUCGGCCUUCUGGUGACAUAAUAUGGAUAUGCAGCGUUUCCACAGAGGGUGUUUCGAGGAUAGUCAAUCAACCGCGGAGCGAUAGCGAGGCCAUAAUAACGAAUAAGGAGCUUCCACGACCUCGACGAGACGUGCUUCCAGGAGCUGGCAGCGAGGAGGACGCAGCGGAAGCUUUUUUGACAGUUCAACCCGAAGGAAAGGAGCACAUGCUAAAACCCAAUUCGAGGGGCUCAGAAAUUUCAGAUAGGUUUGCGCCAGUCUCUGCAAAAGACCUGGUGUUCAAUAAAACAUACUAUUCUGCAUUCAAAGAUGGGAGUCUAGUCCAGAAACUGCGGGGCAAGUUUGUGACAGAAAUAUACAUAGCUGGAGCUCUUACGAAUGUCAGUGUGUUUGCCACGGCCAUGGAUGCUGCUCGCCAUGGUUACGCUAUAACCAUAGUUGAGGACUGUCUGGGAUAUAGGAGCAAGGCUAGACAUGAAGAAGCUUUACGUCAGCUUCGAGCUUACACAGGGUGUGAUGUCAUAAGCAGCGGGGAACUCAUUGAGUGCUUACAGAAGCAAAAGAAGGUCGCGGAAAGGAAAACGACUUCCAAAGCAGACGACCCGCCAGCCACCACCGUCACAGCCCCAUCAUCGACGGCAGCCAUCGAAGACGAUUCCGACGUCACUAUUCAACUCUUGCGUGCACAAAUUCGACGAGCGAAGCCACCAGCUGAACUUGAAGCAGAAGCUAAGAAAAGAGAAAGGGCGAAGUCGAAAACAAAGUCGCGUCGACAUAAUACGAAGCCAGUGGAAGUAGGAGGACCCUCCAGUCCAUCGAAAGAACGAAGCCCGACGUCUUCCAAAAGUCCGUCACCUGACUCAUCAGCAUCACCGAACCCGGUGGACAAACCGGUGGUCAAAGCGGCGCUGGCCUGUCCUGAAACCCGAAGCACUGAAAAGCAGGAAUUUCAGGUAAAACUUCCAUCAGAAAAGGAAACUCUCGAGGAGAUGCCAAAUGGCGAAGAUAGUGCAACUGUCGAUACGGCUAAACUUUGUGAAGGUGAUACAACAGUGAUCCACAAGCUCCUGCCUGAGGAAUUGGCAAGCGGGAUUUUCGAGAAGAUCCGUGAUGAGAUCUUUUGGCAGAAGAUGGGUCACCAGGGUGGUGAAGUACCCAGGCUCGUAGCAGUCCAAGGCCAAAUUGAGGAAGACGGUAGUAUUCCAACAUACCGUCAUCCAGCGGACGAAUCUCCUGCUCUCCUUACUUUUUCGCCUACGGUUGAAGUAAUCAAGAACAUAGUUGAAAAAAGACUUGGGCAUCCUGUGAACCACGCUUUGAUCCAGUUCUACCGAGAUGGAAAUGAUAAUAUCUCUGAGCAUAGUGACAAAACGUUAGACAUUGUUCCCAAUACAUUUAUCGCCAACGUGAGCCUGGGAGCUCAACGAACAAUGGUGUUUCGCAGAAAGAAAUCUGUGAAGAGCGCAGGGUGUAUAGACUCCCAGUCCACAACUCGAGAAUCUUGCAGGGCAGCACUUCCGCAUAACUCAUUGUGUAAGAUGGGCUUGGAAACUAAUAAGAAGUGGUUACAUGGAAUUCGACCAGACAAGAGAAUGGCGAGUGAGAAGUCUGAAGCUGAAUUGGCUUACGAUGGUGGGCGUAUAUCUUUGACAUUUAGACAUAUUGGUACCUAUCUCGACAAAAGUCAACAGAAGAUCUGGGGCCAGGGCGCGACUACCAAAAGGAAACAGGAUGCCAAAUUGGUCAUUAAUGGAGAUACACCACAAUCUCAGGAAAUGCUACAGGCUUUCGGAAAAGAAAAUCAUGAUAGCAAUUUCGACUGGCAUGAUAUAUACGGCAAAGGAUUUGACGUACUGCACAUGUCUAAUUCCAAAAAACUUUACUUAUCUGGGGAUUUCAUCUCGGACCGCCGUGUAAAGUUCAUACUUAACGAGUACAAUAUUCCUUGGAUAGAGGCUACCAUUUCCCCCUCUUUCCACUGGAAAAAAGGAAGUUCUACAGUCGAUAAUCCAGCGAUACCAGAAACACCUAUCAAAUUUGUGGACAAUGAUCCAAGCAAAACUACAGUCGAAGGAUGCAUGCCCAUCAUGUUUUAUCUUGAAGCUAUAUAUUGUCCCAAUAAGGACUGCAGAUCCCCAGCUCAUCUCGCUCGUCAUUACACCCGUUUUGAACAAGCCAACACCCUACUCAAGAUCUGGCAAACGGCGCCCUUUAAUGUAAAGCCCUUCCGCGCUGAGCUCGCUAAAUGGAAUAUCUACGCCCAAGAGGCAGAAUACAUAGCAGGCGACGAUAUCGGCCUUGCAGACUUUGCAAUCAUGCCGGUGUUCGAGAUGGCAAGUGAGAAGUGGAGUGACUCUCUGGGAUUUGAGCCUUUGGCAGAAUAUUGGAAGAAAAUGAGUCAAAAGGAGAGCUUUUUGAAGGUUCUCCCAAAGGAAAAUGUAGAGGCUUUGCAGAAUCAGGCCUCGCUCUGUGCUAUGAAACGGAAAAUCAAUACCUUAACCAAGGAGAAGCUGGAAAUUGAGGGUAGUGCAGGUCAGUCUUCUGCAGAGGCAGAAAAGGACAACGGCAAAGAGAUUGAAGAGCUAUCGGAUGGAAUUGCAAAGUUAUGA